AGAGGUCAGCAGUGAAACCUACAGCUGCCAAGAAGCCCAUCAAAUCUGCCUCCCCAUCAGAAUCCACUUCUGCCACGGAAACCCAGAUUCCUCCUAACAAAACAGAAGAUGUUGCUCCCAAGCCAGACCAAGUUAAAGAAAAAAUUACUGCAAGUGAUGAAGGUGAUUUUGCCACCAUCCCUAUGAAAUCUGGCAACAGUUCUUCUCCAGCCACAAAGGUUAGGGGUUCUAGAUUCUCUUUGCGCAUAGCUAACAAAAGCUUUAAAAUAGUUAGACUGAAUGAACUUAUCGAUCGAAGCCCAGACAAAGAGAAUACCCCUACACCCGUAGCCUCUCCUGUUAGGCAUGUUCAUGUUGAUGACAUUGAGAGUGUUGCUGCUGAUGUGCCCAUGAUUGAUGAUGAUUUGGAGAAUGAACUCCUUGCCCAACUGGACAUGUUGAUGGAUCCUCCGGCUAAAUCUGGAUCUGCCACAGAUAGUAAAGGGAAGGCAGUUGCUGAAGAAGUGGAUUUUGAUAUCAACCUUCCUACUCAGGAGCAGAUUAGUUUUGCGAUUAUGACCAUGCAAGAGCUCCUUGGUGGCGUCCUUCCCAUUUCUGCAAGGUGCCGGACCAGCCAGCCGCCUUUGAAGCGGCUCAAAUCCUUAGCCGAGCCCCACAAUUAUCAACUCAACAAAAAUUCUGGGCAGACUUCACCAUCAUCUACACCCAUUUCAGCAGAAAAUUCCGGGUGCUUGAAAGCAAAGUAGCGGCUGCAGAUUCUGUCAGGAAGUCUGUAGCGGACAGCACUGCCGCUGUCUUCUAGAAGAAGGAAGAAUUCUUGGCAGCAAAGGAGGCUCAUGUCACACAAGUCAAACACCUCCAAGGUCUUAAAGAAGAAAUCUCCAACCUUGAAGCCAAGCUUUCAGAAUUGAGAAACCAAGUUCCUAUUGCAGAGCAAACCGAGAAGAGUUUGGCAGAACAAAGAAACAAGCUCCGCGUGGACAUGGAAGCUGGUUUGAAAUCUACUGCCAAGAUCAAGGAGCAGCUACCUUCUUUCACAGCCUCUGCAGAUGAAGCCGCUGAAGAGAUCAAGAACAUGAGAGAAGAAUGGAGUUCAUGGCAAAACAACCUUUGUUGAUUUUUCUUCUAUGUAUCUCCUUGUCUCUUUGUUGGUUGUAAUUGCACAUUGUCAUGUUUGAACUUAUUGUUUGCGGCCUAUUGGCCAUGCAAACUUCUUUUUCAAUGUUGUUCUCUUUCUUGACUCAUAUUCUGGAAAUCUGCCUGUUGUACUUUCUGUUCAUACUCUGGUACAUGUUGAAAUC